CGACAGUUAGAGUUGCCGUGUAUUUUGUGACAACCCCUCGAGUGCUCGAAAGUCGACGUUAUAAAACGUUCAGUUCCCAAAUAGAGUUCAGUGUCAAAUACUACUCAUCUGUCAGUUUCGGAUCAAUACAUUAAAAAUCUCACUGUCCGGUGUAAAUAAGAAUUUCAAGUUAAUUGUUGUCGCAUUCAAAAAUAAAAAUGUUCGCAGUUUAUCUAGAAACUGGAAAUAAUGGCCAAAAAAGGCUCAUUGAAUUACAAAAUUCAAUGAGUGGUGUUGAACUUAUGGAUAUGCUCCAUCAAAAUUUCAAAAUUUCAAAAGAUACCUUUUUUCUCAAAUGUAAUGGGCUCUUAAUAAAUGAAGAAGAUCAAAUUCAAAAUCAAGAUGUCAUUUUAAUGCCAAGACUUCUAGGUGGUAAAGGAGGAUUUGGAUCCAUGUUAAGAGCGAUUGGUGCUCAGAUUGAAAAAACUACAAACAGAGAAGCUUGCAGAGAUUUAAGCGGAAGGCGCUUAAGGGACAUAAAUGAAGAAAAAAGGCUCAAAGCUUGGCUUGAAAAACAAGCCCAAAAAAAAGAUGAUUCAGAGGAAAAGAAAAAGAAAAAGAUUGAAAAAUUACGUGCUGAACCAAAACAUGAAUUUAAGGAUGCUUCAUAUGAGGCUCAAAGAUCUGAAUUAACUGAAAGAGUUCAAGAUGCUGUAGAGGCUGGCUUUGCGGUUGCUUCAGCUUCCAUAGGUGUUAAAAGAGCAUCAGAGAGUGAACCUAAAAGAGUUGUCAAGAAAAGGAAAACGAUAUUAGAUGAUUCAGAUGAUGAUUUGAGUGGAGAGGAUUCUUCUGAUGAAGAAGAAACAAAAACAAAUAAAUUAUCUGUAAGCUUAUAAAGUUGUAAAUGUACUUAGGUAAUUAAGUAUAAGUUUUGUAUUUUUAGUUUAAUACACUUAUGUAGUCUCAUCCUUCAUUCGAUUGUAUAUAGGUAUAAAUAAUAAUUUUAUAAUAAAAUCAUUCAUAAAAUGUCAAAACUCUUGUAUUGUUAUGUGUAAAAUUCAAAAUAUAUACAGCUUCAUGAUUAAA